AUGAAGCCUGGCAAUACCACCAGUGGCCUGUCUCCACCUUCUAUCGCUUCUCCCGCUGGUGUCACCAAAAGUACCUCGCUGCCCAUUUCACGGUCAAGCAAUUCGGCGUGGGAGAAGCCUGAACGGGCGCGAACCAGUCACGCUUGCGAACCAUGUCGCGAGCGCAAGACAAAGUGUGAUGGCUCCAGGCCUGCAUGUCGGAGGUGUCUUCACACCGGCACCACUUGCUACUAUGGCUACGGCAAGGGAUGGAGGAAGCGAAAGACCGCUGAGGAUCUCACGGCCACCUCGCGCCGUUUGGCACGGUAUGAAAGCCUUCUCAAUGAGAUUCUGCCAAUGGUAUCACCAGAGGUACGAGCCUUGAUCGAGGAAGCCCGCGACAACGAUACGGCGGCGUCAAACAAUGGCUCCGAGACGGCGGAAACUGAGCAACUUCUUCUGCCACCUGCUUUACUCAAAACUGAACCCAGCAUGCCUGGGUCGGGCGGCCGCAUCAUCUUGCCACUCCCGGUACCGAGCCCGCAUGUGCCAGCGCCCUCCCGUUCGUCUACGUCGUCGGGCACGUUCGACCCAGUACCGCCUCCGCCCGCGAUGGCGAGCACCGGUCCAGGAUCGACCGUCCAGACAUCAUCACGACUGUCGCCCGACUCUAACACUUCGGUGACCCGUCUGCCAUCCAUCACCGCCGCGGGGCUUUUGAUCGAAACCGGUCUCAGAGAUCGGUCACCUUCAACUCUACACCGCCCGGUCGACACGGUUGCAAGCUAUGGACAAGAUCGUCUGGGAGCGCCGCCAAUCUCUCCGACCAGUCACACGUCCCUUGGAGGUGCGUUGUCUAAACCACAUCCUGGACGUCCAGAUACUGACCCGCGGAGAAGAGACUAUUCGGUCCCCACAGUUUUCCCCUGGCUGAAGUCCAACGAAGCAGCAGCAGUUCGAAAUUGA